UCUGUGAAGGGGAAGCGUCCUCUCAACAUGGUAACUGCUGCAACUACAAUGGGCUCCAUGAAAACAGCUGGACUGUCUCUUCUUCUGUUGUCUUUUCUUCUUUACAUAGCUGAUUCUUACCCCAACGCUGACUUAUCAAACAUGGGCUGUGAGGAAUGCACAUUGAGACAGAACCCUUUUUUCUCCAGGGAUCGUCCAGUUUACCAGUGCAUGGGCUGCUGCUUCUCCAGAGCGUACCCAACACCUCUCAAGUCCAUGAAGACGAUGACGAUUCCAAAGAACAUCACCUCAGAGGCAACGUGCUGCGUUGCAAAGCACAGCUAUGCGACAGAGGUAGCUGGCAUAAAGGUGAGAAACCAUACACAGUGCCACUGCAGCACCUGCUAUUUUCAUAAGAUAUGACAGAUGGGGACUGGAGACCAUCCUACAGCUUGGCAACACAAUGUGUUUCUUUUUCAUAUGCACAAGCUCUUCUCUGUGUUAAAAAGUAUGUGCUUACAAUUGCCAGACAAUAUUUUUGUUGUGUCUCUGUCCGUGAAGAGUAAUUAGUCUACAUAUUUGCAUGAUAAAUGUAUUUAAGUGAUAGUGGAUUUGAAAAGCAAUUAAAAUAUACACCAAGA